CGGAAGUUGCACUUGUUUUCUGACAGUCCCAGCUAGCUUCAUAAUAAGCCUGCUACCAUCCACAGUGAAAACACACAGUUUUUGAACUCUACUAAUGGAGACAUCAGGAGUUUGUGACAUUGAUGUGGCGACCAGGAGAAUAGUGGGAGGCAGUGACUCUCCACCUGAACUGGACAGCCCAUGUCAGGAGGAGGAGGGGGAGUUCGGCUUGGGCCUGUGCUGUGCCGAGGAGGAGAGGGGGGAGACUCCAGGCAGAGAGGACAGUCCCACUGAUGUGGGGGAGGCGGAGCUUGACCCCGGAGGUGAGACCAAGGCUGGAGAGGACCAGGCCUUUGGGAAGGAGGUUGUUCUGUUGAUGCAGGCACUCAACUCCUUGGCCACUCCUGAGGAGAAACUGGCUGCUUUGUGCAAGAAAUACGCAGACCUGCUGGAGGAGAGCCGCUGCAUGCAGAAGAGACUGAAGGCGCUGCAGAAGAAGCAGUCGCAGAUCGUCAAGGAGAAGAUCCAUCUGCAGGGGGAGCACAGCAAAGCCAUCCUGGCCCGGAGCAAACUGGAGAGUCUGUGUAGGGAACUGCAGAGGCACAACAAGACCCUGAAGGAGGAAAACGCCCAGCGCUCCAGAGAGUACGACGAGCAGAGGAAGGAGGCCAUGCUCCACUUCCAGAUGACCCUGAGCGACAUCGAGGUGCAGAUGGAGCAGCACAGCUCCCACAACACCAAGCUCCGACAGGAGAACAUGGAGCUGGCCGAGAAACUCAAGAAGCUCAUCGAACAGUACGAGCUGCGAGAGGAGCACAUAGACAAGGUGUUCAAGCACAAGGAGCUCCAGCAGCAGCUGAUGGACGCCAAACUGCAGAGAAUCACAGAGAUGAUGAAGGAGGUGGAGGAGAAGCAGCAGAGGGAGAGGGACUUUCUGCUGAAGGACGCCACCGAGUCCAGACGGAAAUGUGAACUGAUGAAGGAGCAGGAGACGCAGCUCAAACAGCAGCUUUCUCUCUACAUGGACAAGUUUGAGGAAUUUCAAAGCACUCUGGCUAAAAGCAAUGAGGUCUUCACCACAUUCCGACAAGAGAUGGAGAAGAUGACAAAGAAGAUCAAGAAACUGGAAAAAGAGACGACUCAGUGGAGGACCAAAUGGGAGAGCAAUAACCAGGCACUACUGCAGAUGGCAGAGGAGAAAACGCUGCGUGAUGGCCACUUCAAGGCGCUGCAGGGGAAACUGGAGCUGCUGGAGAGACUGUGUCGAGCUCUGCAGAAGGAACGGAACGACCUCAACAACCGGCUCAGCCUCCUCCAGGAGCAGGCAGGGGACAAAGGGACCGAGGACACGCCCCCUGACGGCCAGCCCACGGGGUCCUCAACCGGGGAGGAGGAGGAGGGAGACGACGAAGAGGAAGAGGAGGAGGAGGAGGAGGCAUGUGUCCACCAAACCCCCAGACCAUCUGAACUGGACCCCGUCGAUAAAACCACUACCACAGCCACGCCCAGCGACGAGCCCCAAGAAACACCAACCACAGAGCAGGACUGAGUGAGACAGGGUGUUGGCCCCGCCCCCGGCCACACACCCCCAGCCUAGUUCUAUAACUAGUCAGAAAAAAAAACAUCUUCAGUGGAGAUAAGAUUUCUUUUUCUUUUCUAAAUUCUGGACUUUACUCUCCAGGUUUGUACUCAGAAACUCAACCCAUACCUUUUUGUGCGAUAGAUCCGAAAUUACACUCAUCGAAUUUAUCAAGGAUUCGGUCUAAAGAAACACAAAUUGUCCCUGUUUCCAUCGGUUGUCAUAAUUGGCUUUGGGAUGAGCGCUUCGUACUCGCUGUUUUCUACUAGAUCUGUAUUUUCAUAGGAAAUCUGAAGCUAUUCAGAGUCCAACGGGCCUUUUUAGUUCCCGCCUCCUCCUGCAACGUCAGCGCUCACAGACUCGUUUAUUUGGAUUAAACCGAUCAAAUCAAGCAUCAUGUUGGAGGUUUGCUCUGUUUGAAGGUGACGGUGGAAGUUAGACGGAGACAUCAGGACUGGAUUAGAAACAGUUUGGAGCCGGUUUCUAUGACAACAGGGUAUUAAAUGUAUUCAACAGGACUGAUAAAUGAACCCACGUACAUGUGUUUGGAGGCGGAGUCAACAGACAUCUCCACCAAACUGACGACAUGCUAACUAGCUGGUAGCAUGCUAACGCGAGCCGACCAUAGUGCCCACACGUCUAGCUUGCUCGGCUAACAUGGCUGUCACUUUAUCAUCAUUCCAUCGUCCUGGUUAACCUCUUGUUAACCUCCUGUUAACCCAUUAACCUGUAGGUGUCAUGAUCAUUAUCGUUGAACACCAGGUUAAAGCUCCACGAGGCAGAAACCAGAAAAA